AUGGAUUUGCUCAUCAAUAGGAUGGAGAAUCCUGGGUCAAGAAACUGUACCCUUUUGCCUCCAUCGUUCUCGAGGAGCCUUUGUGGGCGAAGGAGAAAUUCCGGUGGUGACAAGGUGAUGAUUAAGGAGUCUACGCCACAGGCACAGCCGCAGCCGGAGCAGUCCAGCACAAGUAUGGCACACUUUUCGUCAUCGUCUCCAAGGCUGCCCGUCAUAGCAGUAAAUGAUAAUCCGGUGUUGUUGAGGCCCAGUACGGAGGUCAAUCUUGGGUUGCUGCUACAGAAAGAGAAGGAGGACGAGGAGGAAGAGAAGGGGACGAAGCCCGCUGUGCAUGACAAGAAACACCUACAUGUGACGAGGAACAGACUGCUUAGGACACGGCACCGGUUGAUGGAGAUGUCUAGUUUGCCUGUUUUAGGAUCCACUAAGACGGGGAAGUUCAGCGAGUGUUUGUUCGAAGAUGGCGUCGAUAAUAGAGUGUACCGCCACAGUCGGUCGUAUAGUGGGGAGUCGAGUCUCGAUGACCCAUUCAGAAUAUCUCCCAAAAACGACUGCAAGUCCAGUAGGGCCCGGGCGUCUUGUCUUAACAAGGGACACCGGGGGUCGACGCCCGCUUUCCAAAGUUGCCAUGCGGGGCUGGCUUUCAACCAAAUACAGGGCUCCUCCUCUUCACAGCGAAGAUCAUCGGCUAGUUCCUUUGAUUACGAAAGGAAAAGACUGGUGAACCAGUUUUUACAGUCCUCUACAGGGGUGUCAGACCCGUUCGAUGCAUUGAAAGAGUCUGCGGUGCUUGAGCCCGCACUAUCUGCUGGUAACAUUAAACCGGGGAACAUGCAUUCGCAAUCAGAAGUUUCCGUUAACUCUUCGCCCAACACAUCUUUGUUUUAUCAUGAUUUAGAUGGUUCGGCCAAUAACGACUCUUCAUCCUUUUUGUAUUCACGGUCUAACGUGCCAACUUUUUUGUCAUCGUCUGCCUUUUCCUCCAUUUCAUCUGCAUCAUUGGAUUCAGUAGAUGCAGACAGGAGGGGUUCCAAUGGUAUGUGUCCCUCUUCUGGCUAUUUGAAUAAUAGGAGAAAGGCAAGGAACUCAUCGAGCUCCUCGACUACCUCCGGUUCGGAUGUCUUGGCAUUCAAGUCCUCGUUAAAUCGGCAAAAGUCCGCCGAGUCUCUUACAGGGACCAAAAAUACAGCGAAACUGAACAGCAUGAGUUACUCUGCAGUGACUUUGGACUCUAGCUCAAACUCAAUUUCUAAAAGCAAUUCGAACCUGGACGACAACAUCGAUGAGCUGAAUUAUUAUCAAAACCACAUUUCUACGCUCCUAGUAAAAAUUGAGAACGAAAUGAGGAGGAGUCUGAAUGAUACAAUAAUCAAGAACGAAAACAAUGUCCAAAAGACAAUACAGAAAUACGAUCUGUUAUCGGGAGAAUUGACCACUCUACUGGACGAAAUGACCACUUUACGAACCACAGUGGUUAACGAAUUUUUGGUCAAGUUGAAAUCAGACUUUAACUACGAUGAUGACAGGGCAUUCAUUAAUGAAUUGACAACUUCGGUGGAAGAGAGCGUGGGCCAGCUACAAGAGCUGGAAAAAAGAAUGGAAGUUUGCCAAGGGAGAUUAAGCAAGCAAAAAUCUUCCUUGAGAGAAAUGGAUAGUUUAUUAGAGUUGAAGACCAUGUUGAACAAAUCAAAAAAGGAUACGAAAUCGAUAUAUCUAUACAGAUACUUCAUCGUAGACAUUAUUGCAUUGGUCUUGAUGGGUGGCUUCAUCAUUUAUCUCAAAAAUAUGAUAGUUCACUAUUUUGCUCACUGA